GCGGGGCCGCGGCUCGCUACGGUGGCCGCGCUGGUGGGCGGAGGAGGCUCGGUUCGCUCGCCCGGCCGCCAUGACCGCGCACAGCUUCGCGCUGCCGCUGAUCCUCUUCUCCGCCUUCUGGGGCCUCGUGGGCGUCGCCGCGCCCUGGUUCGUGCCCAAGGGGCCCAACCGCGGGGUCACCAUCACCAUGCUGGUCACGGGCGCCGUGUGCUGCUACCUCUUCUGGCUCAUAGCCAUCUUGGCUCAGGCAAACCCACUGUUUGGGCCCCAGCUGAAGAAUGAGACCAUCUGGUAUGUGCGCUUCCUGUGGGAGUGACCCGUUGCCAGCCCAGAAGGUACCAGGAAGGAGAUGAGAUCAGCACCCAUAUAUCAUGCUUCUUCUGAAAUCCAGAUGUUGCCCCAUCCUCUGCACCCUCCAGUGCUGUCCUGCCAGACCCUGCCAGAGCUGGACCUCAAGUCAGACCAGCUGCAUCGAGAAACCAGAAAGCAAAGGGCCACCUGUGCAGCCCUGUCUGAGGCAUGACCCCCACCCCAGGAUGGGCCCUGAGGAGUAGGGGUUCCCCUAGCAGAGCUAGGCCCAAGCUCCCCUUUCUGAGCCAGGUACUGUAGAGGGAAGUUCCCCACCUCCUUAGCAAUGGAGAUGUUCUGAGGUGGCUGGCUGAGCUCUGUGGUUCCCCGGGAAUUGGCUGGUGCUGAAGACAACCCCUACCCCUUUGCUUAAAAGGACCGAUACAAGGACCCCGACAUGCUGCUCAUCAAGCAUGGGAGCAGCACCAGUUGCCUCUGUUUAGCCCUUAAAGCAGGGAGUGGAGACCUGAGUUUAACCUCAUGAUUCCUGUUGCAUGAAAUCCUGCCCCCAAAUCAAACCAGCCAUAGAAUCUUAAGCUUCUUCUGGGCCUGGAAGCCCCUAUCCUCUGGACCUGUGCAUGUGAGAACCAGAACCUGAGGUAUCCUCUGGAUACAGAGCCCCCUCAAGGUGAUACCUGGGCCCCUGGAGCAGCAUCCCUGCUUUCAAGCUAGGUUCUGAUUGGUGGCCAUUGCUAUUUCUGGGAGGGUGUGUCCUGAGGAAUAGGAUGCUGACAUGGGGAAGGGAGUGCUCUGCUAGAAGUCAUGGUGAGUGGGUAGGUCAGGGUGGGACUCUGUGUCAGUCUAGAGGGAGAGGACUCCUCUUUCCCUCUCCAAGACUCCCAGAGAUCCUAGUCCUGGAGCUGGUGCCACAGACACCAGGAUCUCUGCUCAGAGUUCCCACUCCCACCCCCUCUUGUGUGUUCUGGUUGUGGAGCAGGUGCUGACAAUCUGGGCAAUGUCCUGGCCUACCCUUCCCUUUCCCAUAUUUACUGGUUAACCGCAGUGUAUUUAUUUGUCUUGUUUGGUGUUUAAAUUUGUGUUGUGAAAAUAAAUGUUUUUCUAGUGACUCUGGCAGCAACAGCUCUAGUCUCCCUUGCCACUGCUGCAAGGUCUAGGAAAAGGCCUAGGUGCAGCAUCUCUUCCUUCCCCUACCCCCUAAGCUGACCUUGCUGCAGGGGAGAAGAAAUGUGGGCCUUGCCUGUACUUGGCACUGGAACAGUUUCAGGGAGGAUGCAGAACAUACUCCGCCCUUCUCUCUACUUCUGAGUAACAUGGGGCUGUUUCUGUGUGUAGCCUUGGUCUUCUCAGAACUGCAUGUGCUGGAGGCAGUAUCAGCUGUGAGCGCAGUUAGCUCAGGCCUACUUUGAUCUAGUAACAACAAUGGGUGUGAGAUUUCAGUAACCCCAGUCCUGGUGCAGGCCCCUGGCUGGGUUAGGGAGGGUAAUGGGGAAGAGCAGAUAUCCCUCCUAGCUGGACACCUGGUGGCAAGGCUUUGUGCUGGUCUCAGGAGGUUGGUGGAACACUGCAGGGCCUGCCCCUGGGUGUCAGCAGUUCCUAUAUCAGUAGGUGCAACCUGGAUCAGAGCUACCUAUGCUGUACUGAGCACCUGGGGCAACAACAGGUGCUGAUAACUGUAAACAUCUGAUGUGAGACACAGCAUCUGUGACUGGGUGAAGCUUCUACCU